AUGUCCAGCACAGACACCAACAUCAUGGUUCAUACCUGUAAGCAGGAGUUGUGCGUUCGACCGCAGCACAUUCGCUUCCGAGCCAGUUCCGUGGCCCUCGUCAUUGUGCUGAAGGCACUCGCCCAAUCCGGUUACACGGUUAUCCCCCCGCCGGCCAGCAUUGGACCCUGUGGUAAUGCCGUUCAAGAGUUUACACACGUCUACUCCGUGCCAUUCUAA